UUAGACAGAAUUGUCUCUUCAAAGAACCAACUUCUGAUCGGCAGCUUGUAUUAUUUUCACCGACCAAAGAAAACUUGGAACAUUCUUCCUUUUGAGAUGAAGAUGGCUGAGAAACAGAUUAGUUUGCCUGCUAAACUCAUCAACGGAGGAGCUGCUGGGAUCAUAGGUGUUACUUGUGUAUUUCCAAUUGACUUGGUUAAAACUAGGCUACAGAAUCAAAGAAGUGGACAGCAAGUCUACAAAAGCAUGUUGGAUUGUCUAAUGAAAACUUUACGUUCAGAAGGCUAUUUUGGCAUGUAUAGAGGUGCAGCGGUAAACCUGACCCUUGUAACACCUGAGAAGGCUAUCAAACUGGCUGCUAAUGACUAUUUUAGACACCUCCUUGCCAAGGAAGGGGUAGGUCUGUCUUUAUCUAAAGAGAUGCUAGCAGGUUGCGGUGCUGGAGUUUGUCAGGUCAUUAUCACCACCCCUAUGGAGAUGCUAAAAAUCCAGCUGCAGGAUGCAGGGAGACUAGCAUCUCAGCAAAUUGUGAGCCGAGUUUCUUGUUCCACCUCUGGAUGCAAUCUCAUAACUGUCAACCCUAUCCUGACUAGAGCAUACAAUGUAGGACCUGUGGUUAUCCCAAGGAAGAUAUCUGCCACUCAAAUAGCAACUGAGCUUUUACAAACCCAUGGUAUCAAAGGGCUCUAUAAGGGUCUCGGAGCCACUUUAUUGAGGGAUGUUCCAUUCUCUGUCAUCUAUUUCCCACUGUUUGCCCAUUUGAAUAGAGUAGGACAAGAUUCCUUGGAGGGGAGAACAAGCUUCUUUCAUUCUUUUCUUGCUGGGUGCAUAGCUGGCUCAGUGGCAGCUGUAUCUGUGAACCCCUGUGAUGUAAUAAAAACUCGUCUUCAGUCAAUGGGCAAAGGAAGAAAUGAGGAGAAUUAUAGUGGAAUUGUAGAUUGUGCAAGGAAGAUUUGGAUAAAAGAAGGUCCUUCAGUUUUUUUAAAGGGAGCUAGUUGCAGAGCUCUUGUCAUUGCACCUCUCUUUGGUAUAGCUCAAGUGAUUUAUUUCAUUGGGUUUGGAGAAAUUCUUAUAAAUCUAUGCCAGAAUGGAAAACUGUCCCCAUAGACUUUCAUUCAUUGAAUCUCCUGAAAUAUAAUCACAAGAACCAACUAUAAAGAAACAAUAGCAGCUCAGUCUAUUGACAACUGUUUUUUUUUCUGUUAUUAAGCAUGAAAAAGACAAAGUCACUAUAAAGACACUAGUCAUAAAACACCAUCUGAAACAGGGACAUGUCUGAGUUUAGGAAACAAGAAUUCUAAGAGUGGAAUGAGAAUAAUUACUUUGGAUAAGUGAAAGUCUGAAGGAGUAUCUAGGGAAAUGUUUUGUAUAUAUGAAUAUAACAAGAAAAGAAAGAACUAUCUGUGAGACCAAAUAUUUGCUAAAAUGUUGCAAAGUGAAUUAGGCAUUUAGUUUUUCUUGGGGUUCUAUAGAUGCUAUUAAUCUAACCCAUUUGCUGUCUUUCCAGCUGUAUGUUUCCUAGUGUUUCACUCAAUUGGGAACAAGGGUGUAUGAAUUUUUAUAGAUUGUGUUUUUAACUUUACUUACAGUAAAGAAUUCAGUGCCUG